UUGAUUUCCGAAUACUAGGAAAACAAUGGCGGUAAUGGUAGCCGGAAUCCAUGCCACUAAUCGAUAUAGGAUGUAGCAAAGCCGUGUGCUCCAGGAAUCGUCCCUCCACAGAACAAAUCAGCAACAGCUUGGAGAAUGACAUUCCAGUGCUUCGGAAUUUCGAAGACGCCGAUCAGAUGCAGACAAGUUGCGCAGGACGAAAUCGAACCGAAUUAUGAAGAUAAAACAACUUAUUCCAAGUAAUUUCUUCCAGAAGUCAAAAAGGAGACGAAAAUCUGAAAAGAAUAAAGACAAUUUGAAGGAUACAAAACACUUUACAGACCAUGUAAAACAUGCCGAUUUUUCAGUACAAUCACGGGAAAACAGUAUUUCAAACCUCAUAGAUAUAGAUUCAGACUUGGAUAGUCUUUUUAAAACCCUUCGUUCUAGAGCAAAUCAAACACACGCAACACAGCAAACAUUGGACUCUGAUUUCGAUUCAUUACAACCAGAAAAACUGUCAUUUGAAGACAAAGAAAAAUGCAAUAGUUUAAAACAAAGGACUCGAAUCCGAACGAACCCUUGGAUUCAACUUCCGGUUGCCGAAGUAGCAUCUGAGCUGUGUGUUUGUCAGUCAAAAGCAGACGACACGUUUACGGUUAACAAAGAAUUCGGAGAUCAAACGGAAUACAGCUUCUUUGAAAGACUUAUUUCUCAAAAUAUUUCUGAACUGAAAGCUACUUGCAAACAAGAAACAUUGCAAAAUAAUUUAGAAAUAAUUUCUGAGAUACAAACGAGAUCUAAAGGCACGGAUAUCGAAACUCGUUACCGUUGGUCAAUCAUUUCGGAAGGCGACAUAUCAAUUGAUUGGAGCUGUGAGGCAUUCUGUGAAUGUUACAGUAAUGAUUCGAAAAAUGGCAAUGUUACUUACGACGCGCAAUAUGAAAAUGACCUUGACCUUAUUUUAGAGCAGGGCAUAUCAGAAAGAGACUUCACAAAAGUAUCGAUGGAGGAUCUGCUAAAUGAUUCGGACUGCAACAGACAGAGUAACGAAAAAAAGAAUUUCAACACCACAGCAUUGGAAGAUAAUUCAGAAAACUCAAGCGAAAGUUCCUACCAGUUUACUGAUAUUGGCCAAAUAAAUGAGAUGAGUAUGAUGCAAGAAUCGUUGGACGCAGGGUACGCAAGUUUAACCCGAGAUGGCACGCUUAGCACAGAUGAGGAGGAAAAAAAUGAGUCAAGGAUGACAGAUUCCUACUGGAGAGAUUUCUCAACAACAGAGGCUACUGAAACAUCCACAGAAUUUAACUGUUUCAUGGACUCAACCCCUAGUGGAAGAACACUACCGGAAGUGAAAGAAAGUCUCCAAGAAAAGAUUAAUCAACUUCGUCUAGAAAAGUUAAUAGUGCAAAAUAAAAUCAGGGAAGCUAAAGAAGAGGAAAGAUCCCGGAUGGAGCAGCGGAGGCUUUUACAGGGAAAAUAUCCAGCCGAAAGAAAAUUGUCUCUGUUCAAAACCUUGAUUGACCUAAAACAGAGAUUAGAAAAUCAGACUCUGCGAAUACAAAGAAGCUAUUCAACUGUUCUAAUCAUGCAGAAAAACUUUUCUCGUCAGAAGUCCCCCGUACUCUGUGUUCCCACUCAUAUCACAUUAUAGAUAUUUGUAAGUAAGGUGUGUCUUCUUAUUUUCUGAGUGUCCAUUUCAAACUGUAAUUACCUGCAAUUCACUGGAGUUUGUUAUAUACUGUAUAGUGAAUUUGUAAUAUUGAAAUCCAUUGAUAAAUUUGGAAUCAACCGAAAUACUAUAUAUAAACAAAUCAAAGGAGUAUCUUACUCACUAUAUUCGUUGUCUCCUAAAUAGUACAUUUGAUUAGUGCUGUUUCCCAGUUUGAUACAUUUGUUGUGAAAAAAAAAUUAAAUUGUUCGAUUGUGUGUAGUACUGGAGUAUUCAGAUGUGUAAUUAAAAUUGAAAACCUCCUAGCAUACAA